GCGAGAGAGGGCAGUGGGGGAAGAGCGAGGGAAAGGGGGCCGGACCUUCACACAGAUGUGAAAGAUUAGCAGCGUCUCAUUUUUCCAAAGGCUUGAGCCGUGGAGUUUGUGCCUGUCAGGAGCUCAUGUGGGAAGUAAGCUUUGUUCACUGUCACAGUUUCUCCCGGCUCCGCGUGUUGGAAAGAUGUACGAGCGAUACAAGCGGAGGUAUAGUUUGUGCGCCAAAGGAGAGACAACUGUGGAUGUAGUUUUAAUCAAGAUCCACAGAGACAAAGACGCACUCUGUUCCAGUGUUUCCCAAAAGAGACACAGCCUGUCCACAGACGGUUCACGGUAUCCGGAGUUUCAGACUUGCAGGUCUGAAUUGGUUUCUUUUCGAGACUCGGGCAGCGAUACAGAUGGAUUUCUUAGUCCUGAUGCUGGAGAGGAUAAUGUCUUCAGAAAGGGUCAGGGGUCAGUAGGAGGAGGUGACAGCACCAGCGAGGUCUCGGUCUCCUGCUCCUCCACAGACGACACAACCAGCGUGGGACGUCCCAGCUCGUCCGCCGAGAGCUCAGAGGAGUCCCAACUCAGAGGAGAAGCGGAGGACGAGGCUAAAGACAGACUAACAGAGACGCCGCUGCCCGCUUCUCUCUUCCGCUCCUCUGGACGACCCCUCUCUCCCUUCCGCAGACACAGCUGGGGUCCUGGAAAGAACCAGGCGGGAGAGGAAGAAAUGAACCAGCGCAGUUCUGUGCAAAAUGCAGGAGAGGGGAAGCCUGUGUUUUACAGAAGAAGUUUGAGCUGGUGUCCCAGUGAACCCUGCCCAGAACUGGAAGAGAUUAGAAAACUCAUCAGUUACAGUCUAGAGGGUCUGGCAGCCGGGAUCGAGGAUGGCAAACGCUGGCGGUCUGGAGCUCCGUCUAAAGAUCAACGGGGGGUUCAGCGUCAGGACAGCGAAGACAGAGGCUCACUCAUGUCCCUCACCGAAGAAGGUCCCGAAUCCGAUUUAGGAGAAUGCAGAAGUCCAGGCAUUCAGAAAUCCAGGAAAUAUCAUCAGUUCCGAAACAGCAGUUCAUCCGUGACGCUUCCUCUCACAAAAUCAGUCUCCAUGCUGUCCAUCAGUCAACGGGACUUAGAUGCAAUAGGAAGGAUUCGGAGAAAGAGACGGAUCUCUUUUACCUUCAACCUCUCACCGAUUCUCCCCAAAUCUAAAAGUGUCAUUACUGUCAGCUCUUCAUCUAGUGAUGAGGAGGACAUUAUAAGCAUGACGUCAUUCAGCACUGCCGGUAAUAUGGGAUACAGCAUUACAGAGGAGGAACCGGGACCUUUAAGAGGAGAUUUUGAGAAAAGUUCUACCAAAGUGAGCCGGACGUUCAGCUACCUGAAGAACAAAAUGUACAAGAAAGCACGAGAAAAAGAAAAGGAAAAGAAUCGCGAAAAAGACAGAGAGGCCAAAGAGAGAGAGAAGAAAUCAGUGAAUGGGCACCUGUUUACCGCAGUAAACUCUCUGCAUCCGGCUUUGUGUCAGCAGUGCAAUAAAACGCUCAACACUAAAGAUGCUGUCCACUGCACAAAUUGCAAUAUCAGAGUUCAUAAGAGUUGUAGAGAAAACAUCCCUAUUUGUCUUAAAAGCAGAAUGAAGCAGUUUGCAAUACCAGAGUCCACCACCAUGCCUGUCGUCACUCUACGAACAAAAUCGUCCACGCUUCGGGAGAGACCAUGGUCUGCUAUCUUUUCCCCAGAGGAACAUUCUGUGAUCAUUCCAUCCAGGCGACCCACUAGUAUUAUGCCCUUCCACAGCAGCAACCUCUCCAAAAGCAUGUCCAUCAACAAUAUUGCAAUGUUUGACGACAUGCCUCUUAGUGGUCGGCGGUAUCUAUCUCAAUCCACAGACUCGCUCCAUAAACCCAAUAAGGUCACAGCGUCCAAUGAGUCUCUAGACGAAGGAACUGAGAUGGUCGACAGUCGGCUGAUGGGAGAUUUUGAAGCAGACGUUAAAGAACUGGAGGCCGACUCCUGGAGCCUUAUUGUAGACAAGAAAUAUCUGAAACAACUCAAGAAGGACAUCAUUAAGAGACAAGACGUCAUCUAUGAGCUGAUCCAGACAGAGAUGCAUCACCUGCGGACGUUACGGAUCAUGUGUGAUGUGUACAGCAAGGGUCUGUUGAUGGAUCUGCAGCUGGAGCCCCAGGCGGUGGAGAAGAUGUUCCCCAUGCUGGAUGAUCUGCUGGAGCUGCACUCCUUUUUUUUCAGCGCUCUGCUGGAGAGAAAAAAAGAGGCCCGGCUGGACGGGACAGACGGAUUCUUGAUCCACAGGAUAGGAGAUUUGCUGGUCAGCCAGUUUUCAGAUUCCAACGCAGAAAGCAUGAAGAGAAUCUAUGGCAAAUUCUGCAGCCGACACAACGAAGCAGUCAACUUCUACAAGGAUCUGCAUGCCAGAGACAAACGCUUCCAGGCCUUCAUCAGGAAAAAAAUGAGCAGCAGUGUUGUCCGGCGCCUGAGCAUCCCAGAGUGCAUAUUACUGGUCACUCAGCGGAUAACAAAGUACCCGGUGCUUUUACAAAGGAUCCUGCAGCACACCAAAGAGAACGAGAAGGAUUUUGAGGACUUGACGCAGGCUUUUCAGUUGUUGAAGGAUAUAAUUGCGUCGGUGGACAGUAAAGUAAAUGAACAUGAAAAGAAGAAGAAGUUGAAGGAGAUCUACGGCCGAACGGACAGCAAGUCCAUCACGCGGAUGAAGAGCGGACAGAUGUUUGCUCGAGAGGAUCUUGUGCGCGGACGCAGGCUUCUUCAUGAUGGGCCUCUGCAGCUGAAGAACACAGCUGGACGACUCAAAGAUGUCCAUGCUCUUCUUCUUUCUGAUGUCUUGGUGUUCCUUCAAGAAAAAGACCAGAAAUAUGUUUUCGCAUCUCUGGACCAGCGCGCCACCGUCAUUUCCCUUCAGAAGCUGAUUGUGCGUGAGGUGGCACACGAGGAGCGCGGCCUCUUCCUCAUCACCGCCGGCAUCGCAAACCCAGAGAUGGUGGAGGUUCACGCCAGCUCGCGAGAAGAGCGCAACACCUGGAUGCAGAUCAUUCAGGAUGCCAUGCACUCCAU